GCCGCCACCCCUCCCCCUGUGGCAUUGGAUAGCAGGGGUGUCUUGUCUUGGAUACAACUACUGCGACACCUAUAUGUUAUUUACACAACCCGGAAGCGGCCAAUGAUUGGUUAGUGAUGGGCAAGCACAAACAAGACUUCGCUUGUCAAUAAAUCGUUGUGUGCGAUUUAAAAGGCCGCGGCGUCUGUUCUUGCCAUUGACAACUCAAAUCGUCAGUGCCAGUGGCCUGCAAGCUCCAUCAGACCGGCUCCACCACCAUUAUUUACUGUACACUACAAUACAAUGCCACCAAAGAGGAAAGCUCCUGCUGGAGGAAAGGCAGGGGGAAAGAAAGCCAAGAAGGCGGACUCUGCCGCUGCUGAUUCUGACUUGCAGACUGCCAUUAAAGCAUUAAAGUCCACAGGCUCUGGGAAGAGGAAGAAUAUUAAGGUGGACAAGUUGUGUCCGAUAGCUGGUAAUGUGGACGUGUGGGAGGAGUAUGACUGCAUGCUGAACCAGACCAACAUAGGGCACAAUAACAACAAGUACUAUGUCAUUCAAGUUCUGAAGACCAAAGUUGGCAAUAAUUUCUAUGCGUGGAAUAGGUGGGGUAGGGUGGGAGAGUCAGGCCAGGACAUGUUAAAGGGACCAUUAGACGAGAAAAGUGCAGUGGCUGAUUUCUGCAAGAAGUUCCGUGACAAGACCAAGAACGCCUGGGAAAACCGUGCCAGUUUUACACCUCAUCCUGGGAAAUAUACCCUCUUAGAGAUGGAUGAUGACGAGAGUGAUGAUGAGGCAAUGGAAGAGACCAAAAAGAAACUUGCUGCAUUAGAUGAGGCUGACAUGGGUGCUGCCCCCUCCCCCAUCUUACCAUGUAAGCUGGAUAAACCCACACAGGACUUGAUGAAACUCAUCUUUGACACAGACAUGUUCAACCAUGCCAUGAAGGAGAUGGAGUUAGAUGUUAAAAAAAUGCCACUGGGCAAACUGAGCAAGUCUCAAAUAGCAAAAGGUUUUUAAGUACUGGAUGAGAUAGAGAAAGCAGUCCAGGCUGGUAAGAAGAACAAACUGCCAGAGCUCUCCUCCAAGUUCUUCACUCUCAUUCCUCACGACUUUGGCCGCCAGAGGCCGCCAGUGAUCAGCACCCAAGAACUGGUUAGGAAGAAGAUGGAUAUGCUGCUGGUGUUGGCUGACAUAGAGCUGGCUCAAAGCAUGCAGAAAGAAAAAGAGAAAGAAAAGAAACCUGGCAAGAAGGCAUUGAAUGAGGCCAAGCCCCACCCACUGGAUGUCAACUAUGGACUGCUGAACUGUGACCUGGAGCUACUGGAUAAAAAGUCCAAGGAAUAUAAGUUGAUAGAGGAGUAUGCUAUGGCCACAAAACACUGGCGUAAAGUCACAUUGCAGGAGGUUUGGAAAGUGAACAGACACGGAGAGGAUACCAGAUUUACCGAGCACAAAAAUUUAGACAACCGCAAAUUGCUUUGGCACGGGACUAAUGUGGCUGUAGUGGCGGCCAUUUUGAAAGGUGGUCUGCGUAUUAUGCCCCACAGUGGGGGCAGAGUGGGGAAAGGGAUAUAUUUUGCCUCUGAGAACUCAAAAUCAGCAGCUUAUGUCAGGUGCAGUGGUAAUGGCACAGGCAUUAUGUUUGUGAACGAGGUGGCACUGGGCAAAGAGCACUUUAUAACCAAAGACAACUGUCAGCUGACAGCGGCACCUAAGGGCUUUGACUGCAUUAUUGCUAAAGGACGCACUGAACCAGACCCUAAAAAAGACAAGACCAUGGAAAUAGAAGGCCGCACUAUCACCAUACCUGUGGGGAAUCCCGUUCCACAGGACAAGUACAAGGACAGUUAUUUUUCCCAGAGUGAAUAUCUAGUCUAUAAGGAGAGCCAGAAUAGGAUAAGAUUUCUUUUGAAGUUGAAAAUGUAUUAGGAAUGCAUUUAGGGUUAUGAGGCUUUUUUUUUUUUUUUUGUUUUCAU